AUGAGCUUAACGCAGGAUUUGUUUGAGGCCGAAAGUUACGAAUCAAGCCUGUUCCAGGUGCCUACACCCGGAUUAAGGACUCGCAGGCAAAAGUUCGAGAGAUCAGCACUUGGAGUAGAAGCAGCUGAGCUAGAAGAGCUGGUUUGUAUCGAAGAUGAAGUGGCAGAUGUGCUUGCCGGUGCUGAUGAUACGUCACCUAGUGUUGAGGAGAACUGGGAGGCAGUAGACGAUGCCUCUAAACUAGACGAAGGCGUAGAUGAUGUAGAGCUCACGCUAGCAGUUGGAGUUGGCUCCAAGGAACUAAGCGAUGAACUGGCAGCCAAGGACGAGGAGCUCGCAAGCGUAGAUGAAGGAAUGAACGAUGAAGUCGAACUGCUAGACGAUAAACCCUCAACGCUAAAAGAUGAUCCUACGCCUGAUGAGCUCGCAACUGUUGAGGACGGAACAAACGAUGCGCUCUCAACGCUAGAUGACGCCACGCUUGAAGAGCUAGCAAGUGUUGAGGCGAUAGAUGAUUCUGUUGCGCUGGUGGUAGUGGUCGCUGCGGGCUCAGUGAUGGUAUAUUCCAAGCCAAAGAGAGGAUAUCCGGCAGUGCCGCAAAACGUGGCGCACUUCUCCACUGUCAUGUCAUCGGCUCUCGUGGACAAACUUGCCAAAGCCCGGCCGUUUUGGGGCUCAACGUAA